AUGAUUCAUAAAGUGUUACAGGAGGGACACCCAAACACUCUUAAAGACGCCUAUCGAAACAGAGACUUUAUUGCUUCUUUGGCUACUGUUUUCCCAACUCAUGGCCUGGCUUAUGGGAAAUUGAUCAAUCAAUAUGACAAGUACCUAUUGCAAAAACUAGAUUUCCAUCGAAACAAUCCCGGAUUCAAUGGCACUUUUGAAUAUGAAGAAUACAUCUCCCUAAGAGCAGUGAGUGACCCCAACGAAGGUUACGAAUCAAUCUUGCAGCUAUUGGACCUCCAGGAUCUGAUUAACGAUUUGCAAAAACUAAUCUUUGCCACGAUCCACCUGAGCCACAAUAGUUUGUGCAAAGUCAGCGCUUUGGUUCCAUUGAUUUCCGAAUCCUAUGGGAUAUACAAAUUCUGCAUCUCCAUGCUAAGGGCCAUGUAUCAACAAUUGGGCGCUGAUGAAGUAUUGACCGACUUGUUUGACCGAUUUGAAUCGCAACAUUUCAUGCUUAGAGAUUUUUACACCGACUGUCACUCAAUCAAAUUCUUGGCCAGCUUAAUAACAAUUCCACGUCUUCCGAAUAGUUCCCCUGAUUUGAUGAAGAUCGAGGAUAGUCAGCCAAUGCCAACGAUUCGUUCAGAAAGCGCAAGCGACAGCAACAUGGCACAAUUGUCUGCACAGCCCACCUCAAGCGUUGAAGAAACGUUCCAGGCACCUGCUGUUCCGCCAGACCAGGCGUUCAACAAUGACUUGUAUCAACAGCAGCAGCAAGAGCAAGAAAGAAUCCAACAACAAUUGGAACUUCAACGCCAACAGCAACUCAGAGAACAAGAGCAGCAGCAAAGACUCUUUGAACAGCAACAGCGUGACCAAGAACGGCGCUUCUUGGAGGAGCAACAAGCCCUUCAAAUGCAACAAACUCAGCAGCGCCAAGGCCGUGUAGAGGAAUUGGAGCGCGAUUUGCUCUUGUUCAAGAACCAAUAUGACAAUGAUCAGCAACUUUUGCAACAAUAUGAUUCCCGAGUCAAGAGCCUAGAGAACGAAAUGGCGGCAUUCAACGACAAUGCAACACAACAAGUGCUCGCAAAGGGCGAGCAGGUUAAAGCUUUGGAAGACCAGAUUGCCAAUUGGACCAAAAAAUACGAGUCCCUUGCAAAAUUGUACUCUCAAUUACGUCAAGAGCACUUGAAUUUGUUGGCUAAAUUCAAAAAGAUUCAACAAAAGAUAAGUAGCGCGCAAGAGUCGAUCAUGAAGAAGGAGAAACUUGAGAAGGAUUUGAAAGCUAAGAAUCUUGAGUUGGCCGAUUUGAUUCGGGAGCGAGACAAAGCUAGAUUAGAGUUAGACCGAGUGAGAGCUGGUAAAGAUUUGGAGAUUGAGAAGCUAGAGACAGAAAUAAGAGACUUGGGACUCUCUGCUAAGGAGUCUGGUAAGUUGCAAAACUUGAAUUUGAGCGCACUCAUGGAGAAGCAUGAAACUGAGCUAAAGCAUUUGAGGGGGCAACUUGAUUCUCGAAACUCGAAACUUGCAAGCAUGGGCGAUCUCGAGCAACUCCACGCCAAAUUAAAAGACAAAGACGUUGAAUUGGAGAUUGCGAACCGGUCUCUUGAAGAGGCGUAUGCAGAACUAGGUCGCUUUAAAGAUGACGAGGAGGACAUUAUCAAUGAGCAAAUAGACCAUAUCAUAAUGGCCCAUGUUGACAAGCUCAAAGGCUUAAUCGAUGUUCUAUUGGAUAACAACAUAAGGCGAGUUUUGGAAUGCAAGCACCAUUUGUCCUUACCGUCGGCGCCCGGGGGCACGAAUGUUUCUCCGGAAAAUUUGCUUUCCAUUAUUGAGCUUUCUUCAGAUACGGCAACGGAUUUAGCCUCAAUUUUCAAUGGGUAUGUUGCGGAAAAGAAUAAUCAAGACGAGCAGGUAUUUUCUGACAUCAUUUUGACUAGCACUGCCCUUACCACCAACUUGAACGAUCUUGCAGUAAACGCCAAAAGUCUUGGGAAGGUUCAUCCAGGAUCGGACGAAGAGGCAAUUUUGUCUCACACCAUCAAGGUUUUAGAAAAUGCCCAAUAUUACUAUGAGGGGUUGAAAUCCGAUAAAUUAGAAACUUUUGAUAGCGAGGAGGAUAAGAUAGAUUCCAUCAUUGACUGCAACUUGGAGUUGCAAACUGCCAUAAAACUUCUCGGAACUGUGGUGGACUCGUUGAAGAGCUCGCCUGGAAUCGAGUUCAAGGGCAAUUUGGAAGAUCUUGUCAACAACGAAAUGAAGCACACGGUAGAAACAGUGGACCUUGCGUCAAAGUUCUUGACCGAUCUUAUGAAGGAUCCAACAAUCUACGGAGGAAACGUGGAAGUUCACGAAGCGCUUUUGCAGUGUGCAAAAGCAAUAACAGAUGCUGUGAGCCGUUUGAUCAAGGCCUCGGUUAACUCCCAGCGCGAGAUAGUAGAGAAAGGUAUGGGCAAGCAAUCUAAAACAGAGUUUUACAAGAAGAAUAGCAGAUGGACUGAGGGCUUGAUCAGCGCAUCGAAGGCUGUAGCAGGAGCAACGAAUAUCUUGAUACACACUUCCGACGGCGUUUUGCAUCAAAAAAACUCACACGAAGAAUUGAUUGUUGCAUCAAAUGAAGUGGCUGCUUCCACUGCUCAAUUGGUGGCAGCAUCCCGGGUCAAGGCCAAUUUUGUGUCCAAGUCUCAGGACGCUUUGGAAAAUGCUUCUGGGGACGUUUCUCGAGCAUGCAAGGCGCUUGUUGGAAAAGUACUGUCUCUUUUACUGAAUGAAGAAGACGAAUCUGGAAUUGAGUUGAGUAAGUUGACUCCAUACGAGGGUAAGACUCUUGAGAUGGAGCAACAAGUCGAAAUCUUAAAGUUGGAGAACCGUUUACUUGCCGCAAGGAAGAGGUUGGGUGAGAUUAGGAAACAUGGCUAUAAAGAUGAUGGGAGCGACGAGGAGUAG